CGUUCCAUCACUCAUACCUCUCUUCAUUUCCUUCUGGAUCACAAGUUCUCCAGCCCAGAUUCUGAUUUGGGCCCAUCUAGAACCUCAGAACAAAUCUUCAGCAUUUCAUCAGUUCCUACUCACAGCCCUUCCUUAAUUUUGAUUAGGAUAAAAGUUUUCAGAAGAGAAAAUAGGAAUGAAGUUAAUGCUCAGGAUCCUGCUGCCAGGAUUAAUUGCCUCCUUGGAUUGGACAGCACAACACUAGAUACCAUCCAUCUCAUUUUCCCAAACAGAGGGCACCAAAACGGUAUAAGAAGGAAGCAGUAGAUGCAGGCCGCGCCUGUUGCCAUAUAAACCAUGCCGCCCUUCUUCUCCGACGACCCGUCGUCCUGCGUCUGCUCUCCUCCUCCUUCGAGGCCCAAGGACAAGAAGAACAUGGACUGGAAGGCGAGGGGGGGCAUGAGCAGGCUCCUCCCGGUCAUCGCCUUCUUCCUCGGCGCCGCGCUCACGGCGGCGUUCGUCUUCCUCGGCGCGACCAUGGACGUGAACUGGCGCCUCUCCGAGAUGGCCGUGUGGGGCAACGGUGCCGGAGACGAGGCGAAUGCAGAGCUUUCCCAGCUGCUGAAGAACGCGUCGAUGGAGGACAAGACGGUGAUCUUGACGUCCAUCAACCAGGCGUACGCGGCGCCGGGCUCCCUCCUGGACCUCUUCCUCGAGAGCUUCCGGCUCGGCGAGGGCACGGCGCGGCUGCUGGACCACCUCCUCAUCGUGGCCGUCGACCCCGGCGCGCUAGCGACGUGCCGGUCCCUGCACCGCCACUGCUACCUCCUCCGCCCUGACGACGGCGUUGCCGCCGCCGCCGCCGCCGACCUCGGCACCGAGAAGCACUUCAUGACCCCCGAGUACCUCGACAUGAUGUGGACCCGGAACCGGUUCCAGCAGACCAUCCUCGAGCUCGGCUUCAACUUCCUCUUCACGGACAUUGACAUCAUGUGGUUCCGGGACCCGAUGCGGCACAUCGGGAUCACGUCGGACAUCGCCAUCGCCAGCGACUUCUUCAACGGCGACCCGGACAGCAUGCACAACCAGCCCAACGGGGGGUUCCUGUACGUCAGGUCGAAGAACAGGACGGUGGAGUUCUACCGGCGGUGGCGGGAGGCGCGGGCGGAGUUCCCGGCGGGGACCAACGAGCAGUACAUCCUGGCGAGGACGCAGGCCACGCUGACCCGGCGGCUCGGCGUGCGGAUGCAGUUCCUCGACACGGCCAACUGCGGCGGCUUCUGCCAGCUCUCCGGCGACCUGCGCCGGGUGUCGACGAUGCACGCCAACUGCUGCACUGGCCUCGCCAACAAGGUGCACGACCUCCGGAACGUGCUCCGGGACUGGCGUAACUACACGGCGGCGCCGCGGGAGGUACGCCGCCGGGGAGGGUUCGGCUGGACCAAGCCCGGCAGGUGCAUCCACUGACAGACGAGUGAAGGAAGCAGGAAGCUGCAGUGAUGAUGCUCAUGUGCUUCUUUGAUUUCUUUGUGAGCAAUGGCUGUCCUGGAUUGCUUUUGAUAACGCUGCAUCUCAUUUCUAAUAGGUAAAGAAUCACAUGGCUGUACCAAAGUUCUUUUUUUGGUGGAACCGAGAACGAGACCAUCCACCACAAGUUGUACUGUAGGGAUCGAACGAUUGUAUUGAUCAGUAGCAUUAACAAUGAAACUUUUGUUCUCAACUUUCAA